UUUGUCCUAAAAAAGCAAUCAGUGUCCCAAUUUCAACUCUCUGUGAAAAUGUGUGGGGGUGCUAUCAUUUCUGAUUUCAUCGAUACCAACUUGAAGUGUGGCCGGAAAUUGACCACCCAUCACCUCUGCUCUGAGCUUGACCCUUUCUCUGAUCUUCUUGGUUUCGACACCGCCUCUUCUUCCAAACAUCAUCCAAAGCUCCCUCUUCAGCUUCCCAACAACAAAGUGGCAGUGGUGGCAUGUGAGAAGAAAAGAGCGGUAACAGAAAAGGGAAAAGGUAAGAGCGGUGAGAGUGAGAGAAAGAAUGAGCGCGUAAGGAAGAACGUGUACAGAGGAAUAAGGCAAAGGCCAUGGGGCAAGUGGGCGGCGGAGAUAAGGGAUCCACGUAAGGGUGUAAGAGUAUGGCUUGGGACCUUCAACACUGCCGAAGAAGCCGCACGCGCUUACGACGCCGCCGCUAAGCGCAUCCGUGGAGACAAGGCCAAGCUCAACUUUCCGAAGAAGCGUUGCUCCACCCCUGACUCCACUCAGCCCAUUGGGCUACCGGCUUUCAACCCGCAGGCCCAUGAUCCUGCCUUCAAGAACCAAAUAUCGUCGCUGGAAUCGUUCCUGGGCCUGGACCAUGAGCUGCAGCAGCCACUGGGAGAUUGGGACUCCGUCUCCACUGACCUGUGGACUCUGGACGACGUGGUUAUGCCCAACCGCCACCUCUUCUGAAACGGGUCUUUGAAAUUAACUGGCGUGGCCACUGUAAAAAUUAUAACUGCGUUGCGUGUUUUUCUUCCAUGCUGUUCUGCUUUUGCUUUGGACGGACCAACGCUAAGUGCAUCGUACUCGGAUGUCUUAUUUACUAUUUUUAUAAUAAAAAAUAGAAGGGGCGUGUGGCAUGGUUGCGUCACGCUCGUACAUGUAUGUCGUUUUAUGGACUUUUUUCGUAUGCUUGGUUUCCUGAAACUCUGAUGUCGGUGCAUCAAUCGGAUGAAAGUAACGAACUUGUCAUUAGGUCAUUAUAUAUACCAUUCCCUGAAGCUGUUUUUGGAGUUGGGU